AUGGAGUCAUGGAGCAAGCAGAAGGGACCGGAACUGGUUCGGACCACUGGAAGCAUCCAGAUCUCGGUCUUCCGCUUUGUCAGCUCCAAGAACGAGUCGCUCUUCUUGCAGCGCAAGAACCCCCGUAAGAUCGCCUGGACUGUCGCCUACCGCCGACUCCACAAGAAGGGUGUCACCGAGGAGGUCGCCAAGAAGCGCUCGCGCAAGACCGUCAAGCACCAGCGUGGUAUCGUCGGUGCCUCGCUCGAGCAGAUCAACGCUCGCCGAAACCAGAAGCCCGAGGUGCGUGCUGCCGCUCGCCAGGCCGCCGUUGCCAAGAGCAAGGAGGACAAGAAGGCCAAGGCCGAGGUUCGCAAGGCCAACAAGGUCAAGUCGCUCGGUGCCGGUGGUGCUGGUCCCCAGGUUUCGCGACAGCAGAUGAAGGGUGGUGCCGGCAAGCAUUACCUCCGAGGAUCAACACCUCAGCGUCUUCGAAUCACUUUUCUCCUAACUUUUUGGUCUCGACCAGCCAAUCAACGACGCUGUCCAAACCGAUCAACUCGCUACACCGACCAGCUCCACCAAAAGGUCGUCCUCCGCUUCCAAGCCGUCACCCGCCGCAAAUUCGCCUUCUCUCUCCUCUUUCCUUAA